CCCAUCUCCUGCUCGGCCUCUUUGCGUGCUUCUGUUUGCUGCCUCGGCUUCAUGAGCCGCCGAUGCAGACGCCUGUCAGGGCAGUUUGUCAGUGCUGUCCUCGUCACAGUGAAAGACCGAUUCAUUUCUCAGCUCUCGCGAAUCCGUUACUAAUGCACCAUCUGGGCGGGCGGAAUAUUUCCCUUCAACUCCCUUGACUCACCGGCUGAUCAAUAGACCGGCCUGAGGCCCACACACCUGGGUUGGUGUGUACGACAUCUUCCCCCACGUUCCUCAGAGCGGAUGUCGAGCCAGCCGCCCAACCCCCCUCCACUCGAUGGCUGCAACUGCCCGACUUCGAUUUCAGGUGCUGCCGUGGCUACCACUUUCGCCACUGUGUGUGGGACUGGGCCGUUCCGCCGUCUGGCUUUUGCCUUCGCUGUAUGGCAUACGAUGUUGGCGGUGAUGCUGGUUACAUCCAAGAUUUUCGCUUCGAAGGGAACCCACAAGAUACUCCAUGCAUCUCUUACCGCAGACUUCCGUCUUAUUCGAAGCGGUGAACAUAUGAUUCGAGGUUCGAACCGACGGAUCAGUAUGUGGGAAGAUGCGGGAAUCCCAAAGAACUGCGGCCUACUAAAUGCUAGUGCACCUGGAAAGGUCAAGGUGUGCUUUCCAACAUGUGGCCAUGUCUACCACGGUUUUAGUUGCAAGCCGUCCUGCACUCCCGACCUUCGUGGAUCACUGUAUAUCAGUCUGAACUAGUUGCCGAGCAACUCAAAAAGAACGCCCACCAGGUCCAGGCUCGGUGGGAAAUAUACCGCCAUCUUUGACUACUGACCCAGCG